GUUAAUCAAGCGAGCAUAAAAGAAAAGGACGCGUAAUCAGACAGAAUGAGAUAAAAAAAAGCUAUAAAAUAACAGUCACAGCGGUUAUUUCUUCUCAUUCAGACUCAGUUUGUCUUUCAAUCUGGUUGGUGGUCUUUAUCAAGAAAAACAGAUUUUUGUGAUUGAAACUUUGAGAGGACAUGAAGCUGUUUGGAAUUAUAAUUUGUAUUCUCUUAUCUGUCAUCAUUUCUGUUGUACAAAGUGGUUUAUGUCCAAUUUUCAAACCUGAUGUGAUUACGAAUUUCAAUCUACAACGAAUUCCACAAUUCCACUGCUUGCGCUAUUUCAAACAUGACUUUCAUCUUUUGAAACGAUGCCGAAAUUUUAGAAUGUUAAAAAGACCAUUGGUAAAUCCAGAUGAACCAAUUAAGGAAUAAAAAGUUUCAUUAGAUUUGUUUGAAAAGCCCAUGGAGACUUAAACUUGGUUAAUCAUCACAAUUCACAUGAAAUAAAUGUUUUUGCUUUUUAAUUAAAGAGUCAUAAAAACUGUAACAACACAAAUCCCUAAAUGUUCAAACAAUGAAGUUUGUGUCAUAACAAUGCGUGUAAAUUUCAAAUAAAAAAUAAUUGUCAAAUU